AUGACUGCUGCCUGGAAAGCCGCUGGCUUGACCUACAACCGCUACCUGGCCAUCGCGGCCCGAGCUGUCCGCCGCAGCCUCAAGGAGGAUAAGAGAAUCGUUGCUGAGCGACGCGGCGAGUCCGAACUUCGUUUCGCUAAGUGGUCGAGCGGCAAGCAGGGCGAAAACAAGGACCUUGGUGCCGCCAACGCUGCCGCCAUGGCCGAGACCGCCUCUUCUUAA